GACAAAACAAACAUGGCACUGUGCUGAAGACCGGGACAUGAUCAUGAGCAAAGUGACCAUUCACCCUCCCAUGACAUUUUAAAACGACAACUGCGUUUAGUAGGAAUGCCACGAAAGAGCAGAAAAUCUAGAGCUACCAGUGAACGAAUCCAACGUGCAAAGCAGCUCAGUGAAUCUUCAUGCCCCGGAGAGCGUUCCACGGAGGUAAGGAAACAGAGGAGCAGAUGUUCUAAAUCAGUUGCCAUUGAACGGAUGAAGCUGGAGCGCCCAGAAUAUCUGGGAGACACUUUGUACUUUGCUAACAUCAAGGGUGAACCAUACGUCACCCAGGCGUUAGGUAUACUGCAGAGUUAUGAUGCUGUCAUGGAAAAGUUGGGCAGUCCUCUCCAAAUGCAUGAUAUAUCUUCUGAUCCAAAUGAAAACAUGAUUGAUAGAUUGGCUGGCAAAGUCCAGGUGAAGAUUCCUUUGACAGGGUCAAAAGGAUCCUCAGCAUAUUUGUACAUCUGGGCAAGGAGACCGCCAAUAACUGGGACAACCCGGAAGAAAGAAAUUAAAAAUUGGACCUUAAAGCAACUAGAUAUAGAGCUGGGGCCAUUGCAUGGCUGGACAUUCUAUGUGAAUACCGAUCUAUGUAACAGUGAUGAAACACUACAAAUCAGGUUUUCACAUUCCAGAUGAUUUUUGGGGUAAUAUGCGAUUAGAAUAAAACAAGGUUACAAGUCAGGAAGGUGGGGAAAGUUUAUUGUGAAAACAGAAAUGUACAAUUGAUGAUGUCAUUAGAAAUAAUAGUUACGGUAAAUCUUCGGCCCAGUUCGAACAAAAAUAAAUUAUUAUAGUCAAUCUUGUUCGCAUCACACAAAAUCAAAGCCGCUAAGAUAAAAAGAAUUUAAAAUAAUUUGAGUCAGCACCGAAAACAAUCACGGCAAAUUGUCAAGUCGUUGCAAAGGGACAGCUACGGCCUAUUAUGAUAUAUUUGAUAGUCAUGGCGAUGAAUAACAGUACAUACGUCUUUCUUAUAUUUACUUACAUAUAUACAUAUAAAGGUAUUUUGAUAAUUCAGACUCCACUAUUUGAUAAGGGGGACAUUUCCAGAAACAUUUCAGUUGAUAAAAGUGGUCAGUAUUUGUAUUGUAGCCAUAUGUGAAUGAUGAAGAUAUGUUUUAGUGGUUGUGAUAUACCAGAACUUCUGAGAAGCUAGGCCUUUUGAGGUUUAUGGAGCAGGAAAUCUGCUAACGUUUUAAAAAAUGUACAAUAUUGUAAGGUCAUAUUAGAAAUCACCUUGUGCUCCUAUUGUACCCAGCGCCAAUGUGUUUCCUACAUUUUCUGAUUUUCAUUUCAAUGAUAUCAUGGUGUAUUUAGGGGU